CAUCGUGUAGAUAUAUAAAAACAUGUCAACGACAAGAAGUCACGUCUGUUUCUUCAUAUUGUUAAUUGCAAAUGGUCUUGUUGGCAAUGAUAAGGAAAGCAGACAAUAUGAUUGUUAAUAACUAAGGUUGAUUCUUUCUUGCUCAAUUAUGAGUGAACUCAUAAAAGAAAUGGUAUUUCAAUAUGUAUAUGAGUUGGCAGAAUCUUUGCUUUUGUUUAUAAGCUGCAUUUUGGCUGCUGAUUCCAAAUUUAAUUAAUUUGUUGGUUGAAACUUCUUCAAUUUUAGGUUUGUUUUUGUGUAGCAAAAAAAUGGGAAGACAACCUUGUUGUGACAACAUAGGAUUGAAAAGAGGUCCUUGGAAAAUUGAAGAAGAUCAUAAGCUUAUGAACUUCAUUCUCAACAAUGGUAUACAAUGUUGGCGUCUUGUACCAAAAUUAGCAGGGCUAAUGAGAUGUGGGAAGAGCUGUAGAUUAAGAUGGAUAAAUUAUCUGAGGCCAGACCUCAAAAGAGGAGCACUCACUGAAGCAGAGGAAGAUAUAAUCAUUAAGCUUCAUUCUCAUCUUGGCAAUAGGUGGUCGAAAAUAGCAGCGCAUUUUCCAGGACGUACAGACAAUGAGAUCAAGAAUCAUUGGAAUACAAGGAUUAAAAAGAAGCUAAAAUUUCUUGGCAUAGACCCUCUAACUCACAAGCCCAUUGAACAGAAUGAUGAUAUUAAGCAACAAGUUUCUGUAGAGAUUGAUGAGAAUGUGAAGGAACUAGCAGAAAAAACCUUAGAUUAUCCACGAGAGCAGCAAAAUAUUCAAAAUUCAACAUCUAGUUCCAGCUUAAAUGAGAGUUUGGAUGUGGGGUCAUCAAGUGAAAUAUUCCAAAAUUCACACACAUUGGACAUGUAUAAUCCAGGAGUUGAAGAUCCUUUCCAGAAUUGGAUAGGUAGUCCAAUACAUUGGGAUCUUUUCGACAACUUAGAAGACAAUUUUCUAUGACGAACAAGAAUUUCUAUUUAGAAUUAUUGUUUCAUUAUUUCAGCCUUCAAGUUAUUUUGAUAGGAUCCUCCGAAAACAUGUAUGCAUCUUUCCAAAUAUAGAGCUUUUGGAGGAUCCAAUCAGCAUAUAUGCUUCCACUAUAUAUUUGAGUUUAGUAUUGUAAUCUAUUCGAUUUAUUGUACAAUCCCGGCCUGAUCAACAUUCUUUUCUUUUUC